UGAAGCACGAGCCGAGACCAGGGUGCCUGGUGUUUGUUCUGCUGUUGAGUGCCGACCGUGACAGUUUUAUUAAUUGUGUUUUCUUGGACCAAGCUUCUUUCCAAGCUUUUAUUUUAGCAAGUGUUUCUUUAUAACCAUAACAUUCUCAACUACUUGUUUUUUUUAGUCAAAUAUUAGUCAAACAAAGACUUGUUUAAUUUUGAAAAUUUAGAAUUAACAUUCCUAAGAAGUCUCUUUUUAAAAGCUGUAAUUUCUCCCCUCACCACAGCCUUCCAAGUUUCCCAGAGAAGGGUUGUAUUUUCCCGAUGACAGCUAUUCUCUUUAAUGAACAAAGUCCAACUAUUUUACAACAUUUCAAUGAAGUCCUUUCUAUCUAAUAGAAAAGAUGUGAAAGAUCAUGGGAUGGGACUAGUUUUAAGAGGAGUGUGGUAUGAAUAUUCAACGAGACCUAUAUUAACAAGGGCCUUCUUAUCAAUAACAUUUGAUACAAACAAGUAAUCAAUUAUUGUGCCCACGUUAUGUGGAUAAGAAAAGAAAGUAAUGUCCUUUUUGGAUGGGUGGAAUAUUCUCCAAGUGUCAUUUAGACCUGUAUCUUUAAUAAAAUUGCUUAACAACUUAGAAUUCCCUUCAGAAGGACAGGGAACCAAAGAUAGUCACCUUAUUUUAAAAUUAUGGAUUUCAUUAAAAUACCCUUUUUCAAUAAUAUUAACCUUCGGUGAUAUCUGAGAAAAUAAUGCUCCUCUAUCUUUGUUAGGAGAGUAGAUCAAAGCAAAAUGGAAAAGUUUAUCUCUUAUCUCAACUAUUGCAAAGAUAAAUCUAUCAUCUUUGUCUUUCUCUAUUUGAACAAUAUCAAUUGUUUAAUUUUUUCUAAACAGAAUUGCAACUUUAUUUUUAUUUUUAACCGCUGCUGAGUAAACCAUUUCACCCACCUUACCUUUAAACAGCUUUCUGUUAUCAGUUUCAUUAAAAUGGAAUUCCUAUAAAAGCGCUACAUCUGCUUUCAGUUUACCUACAUGUUUCAAAAUCUUAGUUCUCUUUAUAAAAUCUUCUAGACCAUUAACAUUGCAGGAAAUUAUAUUGAGGCUGUUUAAAUUCAGUGACAUCUCCCACUAAGAAAAAUAGUAAAAGAAAAACUUUAAACUUUCUAAAUUCUAAGUGCUCUAUCUUAGCUCUGAAUAAAAUAAAAAAACAGACAACUUAUAAAGUACUAACUAGCGCUGUAAAAAUAUAGCUGUAACCUUUUAGAUAAACAAAACAUAGGAAAAACUAUUAAGACAGAUACAUUUAAUAACCUACUGUAAAUACAUAAUACACAUGUAGGGACCCAUAGGAUUAAUGCUUCCCUAUGACUUUAAAUACCUACACUUCCUUGUUCUCUGGUUGCUGGGCAAAAACCCAUGUAGCUACUUUUGCUUAUUAACAUAAUGUGUACAGUGUGUGAUUGGCCCAGAGGCUGAUGACAAGUUCCAGUAUAGUGCUGGGCAACGGGUGGGACUUUAUCUUUCCCUGCCAUUCCAGGAGGAUAGUGACUACUUGGAAAGUACCUCUAGUGGAUAGGAAAUAGAUGAUUCAUAUGGCAGUGAACUAGUUGCUAUCCCUAGAGAGGACCUAAAAAGCAUGAGGAAAGGGAGAGUCCCCUGAUGCAGGCAAAGAAAUUGGGGGGUUUUUGUUCCUGUUUUUGAUGGGGGCAUUCACAUGGCAGUGCAGAAGAAUAGAGCAAACAUGGCUGCUUUGUGGACCUGUAGUUGAUCCGCUCAUAUUGGUCAUAUAUAAAACUUUGGAGCUCAUAACAAAAAUAACACAAUAGGAGGUAUAAAAAAAGAGGUUUAAUGGGUGUCAGUAUUGCUUUAUUCAUUGCUGCCCCCCAUACUCAAGAUGAGGCUUUGGCAGUGACUUAUAAAGAAGCAAAAUUAUGUUUUCAUCCUUUUUUAUGCAAGACAGAACUUUAAUGACACUGCCUAGAGUUACACACUGUGUUAUCCACAAAUAUCACCAAGUCCUUCACAAUUAAAGAAACCACCAAUACACUGCCAUUUAGUGUAUAACUCACAUAACCUUGCACUAGUCAAUAAUGAACCUCAUUUUCCAGUUUGCUACCCAGUUUUCCAAUUUAUAUAUAUUUAUACAUAUAUUUCUGCACAAUUUACUUUCCUCAGCAAAAAUAGGUAUUUACAUUUACACGUUGUAGUCUCUUUUGAAUUUCCUCCUGAAAUACACCCCAUCAAUAGUUAUAUUAUUAGAAUAUGGUCUUUUAAAAGAGAAACCUUCAUUAGUUGCUUCCUCAAUUGUGUAGAUAGACAAACAUUUUUUAAGUUAAAAUCUCUGUUUUCCCUGCUCUCAUCAACCAACUGAUCUCCCUCUGAUACUAAAAGUCUCAAUACUUCAUAGUUCAUUUUUUACUAAUCAAAAUUAUUUUGGAUUACUUUUACUUCUUGCUGCAAUGCCCCUUUCCAUCUAUAUUUUAUUAUAGCUUUUUUUUCAACUUUAUGAUUAUUAAAGUUUUUACACAGUAUUGAACAGUAUAUGUACCAUGUAUAUAACAGUUCAGUGAAUAAAACAUUUUAUUAUACAUUUUAUUAUAGAUUUUUUUGGCCUCCUUGUACCUGAUAAAUGUUUCAGGUGUCCCAGCUAACUUGAAAGCAGGUCUUUUUUUACUCACCUGAACAAUAACACUUCAACCACAAAGGUUUGGCUUUGUAAAACUGCCGUUCCUUGCUUACAAGGGGAAUAUACUGACAUGUAGAUUUAUAAUAAAUAUGUCCUAUUUUUGUUCUGUUUAUCCCAGUGAAAAUCCUUUCCCAGUUAAUAUGUUAAAGAGAUGCCCUUAUACUGGCACAGUUUGCACAGAUAAAAUUUAGUGAUUAAUUCCUCCCUUAUAGAGUUGUUUGUGCAACAGAAUCUCAAAUGAGACCAUGUUAUGAUCACUAUUCCCUAAAUAUUAUUAUUAUUAACUCAAAUAAGUGAAAUAUCAGUUGUCAUUAUACCAUAUUUACAAACCCCAUUACUCUAGUAAAUGUCUAGAGUUUCUUGCAGUUGCUGAUUUUACUGAUACACACUGUAUUCAGAACUGAGAGGGUUAACUCCCAGGAGUACAAAGGGCUGUUUGUCUUUGAUAAAAGGAAACUUUCAGUUUCGUUUCUUGUUCAGUUGCUGUUCCUGCUCUCAGUAAUGGCGUCGGCUGCUGAUCUGAGAGACGAGCUGAGCUGCUCCAUCUGCCUGAGCAUUUAUACUGAUCCUGUAUCCCUGCCGUGUGACCAUAACUUCUGCCGGGGCUGUAUUGAGACAACAUGGGACACCCAGGAGGCAUCUGGGGCUUAUUCCUGCCCUGAAUGCAGACAGGAGUUUAAGGAGCGCCCUGCCCUGCCCAGGAACAGAACUCUGAGGAACAUAGCAGAGCGAUUCCUUUCUGCUGAGCCGGAGCCGGGGGACACUGGGAUUCCCUGCACCUACUGUGACUCCCAUGUACCUGCUGUUAAAUCAUGUCUGCACUGUGAGGCUUCUGUAUGUAAUAAGCACCUGAGGAUGCACAGCAAGUCAGAGAAACACGUCUUAAUUGAACCCACAUUGGACAUGGGGCACAAGAAAUGCUCAGUCCAUGAUGAACCCCUGAAAUAUUACUGCUGGGAGGAGUCUGUCUGUAUCUGUGAGUCCUGCUGUCUGCCCGGAGAGCACAGGGGCCACAGGGUGGAGCUGCUGAGUGAGGCCUCUGAGAAGAAGAAAGAGAAACUGAGGAAAGUUCUGGAGAAACUGAGGCCAGAGAGAGAGAGAGAAGAGACUGAGAGAGAAGCCCAGAGACUGCAGGAGCGCAGGAGAGAAGUGGCAGAAAAAGCAGCCGGUGAGACAGAGAGAGUCACUGCCCUGUUUAGAGACAUCAGGGAACAGCUGGAAGCCCUAGAGAAGAGACUCCUGAGGGACAUCUCCAGCCAGAAAGAGAAGCUCUCAUUCACACUCACUGAUCUGAUGGAGCAGCUGGAAAUAAAGAAGGACGAGCUGUCCAGGAAGAUCCGUCACAUUGAGGAGCUGUGCAACAUGGCAGAUCCACUCACUGUCCUACAGGAACGGGAAUCACAUGGAGCUGCAGAUAAUGAGGGGGGCAGAGAGAGACAUGAUAUAAAGGUCCCUGCUGUAGGGGAUCUGGAUGUGGAUCUGAUCUCAGAGACAUUACUCACAGGCUUAGCUGCCAUUGUGACUGGGGUAAAGGGAAGGAUCUAUGGGCAGGAGGCUACAGACCUGUUACUGGAUAUAAAUACGGCUGCUAAUAAUGUAUCUGUAUCAGAGGACAGGAAAUCUGCUUCCUACUCACAUACAGAACUACAUUACCCACAAUCUCCAGAGAGAUUUCAGUUGGUGCCUCAGGCUUUAAGCAGCAGGAGUUUCCCCUCAGGGCGACAUUACUGGGAAGUGGAGGUCAGUGAAUCAGAGGACUGGGGGGUAGGGGUGGCCUUUCCCACUAUAGAGAGGGGAGGGGAUCAGUCCAUCAUUGGUAAUAAUAAGAAGUCCUGGUGUUUGUACAGAUGGGAUAAGAAUAACAGAUAUACCGUGGCACAUGACAGAAAAGACACACAUUUACCCCAUGCCCCUUCCUGCAGCAGAAUCAGGAUCUGGCUGGACUAUGAGGCUGGACGUCUGUCCUUUUAUGAGCUGAGUGAGCCAAUCAGACACUUACACACCUUCACUGCCACAUUCACUGAGCCCCUCCAUGCUGCAGUCUAUCUUCAUGAUGAUGGUGCCUGGGUGAGAAUUCUUAAAUAAAUCCCUGAUCAUCGCUUUCCGAAAUCGCCUGAAGUUGCCUCACGAGGAAACUUCGGGUGACUUCGGAAAACAAAGCGUUCCAAGUGCCAUCCCUGGGCUACUAAUCUCCCUGAAUUUGAGCGUGUGCCCUGAAUCUUACCAGUGAAUUAAUCCAAUUAAACCCUAUGAUAGAAUUACCACCAUUCAGGAUACACAGAAAUACUGAAUAAAUACUGAUUAGUGCAUUUUCCUUGUCUUCUGGCUGCCAUAUCUUACAUCAGUACUGAGCAGCUUCUUACAUUGGCCAGUUAUUUAUAAUGUGUGGGCAUGAAGGACAGGUAAUAAUAAAGUGAAGUUGUUUUGCUUUUUAAUCUCACUAAGGCGGAAAAAAAGCGGGCUAAGCUUAUAAAAAUAAGGGAUACUGAUAACCAGUUAACAAAUGGAAAGUCUUAAUAGUCCAAUUUCCACUGAAGAAGUCUCCAAUAUUAUAAAUAAUUUGAAAACUUCUAAAGCAGGUGGCCCUGAUGGCUUAACUCCAUCUUUUUAUAAAAUAAUGAAAGACAAGAUCUCACAUUUUCUAACAAAUUUUAUUUAAUGACAUGUUAUUCUUUGGAAAACAUUUACCCUCUAGUGAACUCUCAAAUCUUAGAGUUAUCCCAAAAAAGGACAAAGACUUAUCUCUUCCCUCUUUCUAUAGACCAAUGUCUUUAUUAAAUCAUGAUAUCAAGAUGCUAUCUAAGGAUCUUGCUGAUAGGCUCUCUUUAAUUCUUCCCUCCAUAAUUUCAGAAACCCAAAAUGGCUUUAUUAAAAACAGAUCUGGAGUUAAAAAUAUUAGGGCUUUGAUCCAUAUUUUAUUUUUUGCCAAAAAGCAUAAAAUUCCCAGUUCUAUUCUUAAUAUUGAUGCUGAGAAGGCAUUUGAUAAUAUAACAUGGAAACAUCUGUUUAUGUGCCUUCAAAAAUUUGGUAUCACUGGCCCAUUUUACCAAUAUAUCGAAUGCCUCUUUAAAAGUACCAAAAUGCAAAUAAUCUUGGGGGGAGCUAAGUCUUCACCCUUUGAAAUAUUUAAGGGUACGAGACAAGGCUGUCCGUUAUCGCCCCUUUUAUUUAAUAUUGCACUAGAACCAUUAAUUUGUUUCAUUGAUUUGUCUAAAUUGAUAAAGGGAAUUAACAUCAAUAAUAAACAACUCAAGGUUUUAGCCUUUGCAGAUGAUUUGUUGCUGAUUUUAAGAAACCCAGAGUCUUCAUUCAAGAUUGUUUUUGACUUACUUCAAGAUUUCCAGUCUUUUUCUGGUUAUAAGGUUAAUGUGGAUAAAUCUGAAAUGAUGAACAUAUAUGGUUCUUUUUCAAACUCUUUACUUAAAAAAUUUCACCUGAAAUACCCCAAAAAUCAGAUAAAAUAUUUAGGAUUAAUAAUUCCUUCACACUUAAAUAAUUUAUAUUCAUUAAAUAUUACUCCAGCUUGUCAUAAGGUUUCCUCCAUGUAAGAUAAAUGGGCCAAUGCUCCCCUUAAUCUUAAGGGAUGAGUGAUAUUUUUUAAAUCUUUGAUAUUCCCCAAGCUGAUAUACACAUUAAUUAAUCUCCCUUUGCUUAUAAAACAUUCUGAUAUCAAGAAACUUGAUUCUGCUCUUAUCAAGUUUAUUUGGAAUGGGAAAAAAGCAAAGAUUACUCUCCAUAAGUUAUGAGCUCCAGUUAAACUUGGAGGUUUAAAUCUCCCGAAUAUCAGAGCUUUCAAUUUAUCAGCCCUUACUAGAUAUCUCACUGAGUGGAUCUCUCAUGGUAAUAAGUUUACAAAUCCUGAAAUUGAAAUUUUUCAUGAACCUCACUUUGAUAUUAUAUCUGUUUUACAUAGUAAAUGGGGUAGUAUUCAUAGCGAUUUUAAGAAAAAUCCCACUCUAUUUUUGUGUGGAAACACUUAUUCUCUCGAAAUAGCUACAGUUAUACAGAAACUCCUUUAAUGCCAGCUAAACUCUUACUUAAACCCUCAGAUUUUCAAAAGUCUGAGUCCUUUUUAUUUUCUUUGAAGAAAAAAUGAUUAGUCUUAGUAAAAGAUUUAUUAGAUCCACCCAAUGAGACUCUGUUAUCUUGGUCAAGACUCAAAAAAGACUAUGGGCUUCUUGAAUCUGAUAGAUAAUAUUACUUAGCUUGUCAAUGUGGUCUUUCUUUGUUAAGUAAUAAUAGAAACAUUGUUUUGGCAGAUCAUAGGCUAGCUGAAGAUUUGGGAGAGUUUUUGGAGAUUCCUUCUUUUGGAGAUUCCUUGAUUUCUAUUAACUCUAUAUCUAAAAAAUUAUGGAAUGAUUAUGGGUCAGACCCACACACAUUACUUAAAGUGUCCAACUAAUGGGCUGAGUUUCUACAAUGUCAAAUAUCCCCUUGAGAUUUGGGGAAGUCUAUUUGUAAUUACAAUAAAUUAAUUUUGGCAGAGAGUUGGAGGAUACAACAUUUUAAUCUAGUUCACUUAGGCUAUGGGAAUUUUUUUUCUAAAGGUAUCUUUUCUAGUCCUGCAUCAUACUGUCCCAAGUGGGAUGAGUAUAAUGUGUCCCUUUUUCACUAUCUAUGGACUUGUCAGUAUAUUUUGGAGGGAAGUUACCAGUUUUCUAAACAUUAAUCUGAAAAUAAAAAUUAAAUUAUCUCCAGGUUUUGCUUUGUUGCUUCUAGAUGAUAGUAGUCUCUCUUCAAUUUUUAAUAUAGAAUUGAAGUCCCAAGAAAAUAAAAUAUUGUCAAUUUUAUUUUUGGCUGCCUCCAGAAAGGCUUUAUUUAACUGUUGGCUACAAAAUGAGUCUCCCUCAUUGACAGACACAAUUGCUUACAUGAACCAGCUUAGUUUGCAGGAAGCUUUAUUAGUAAAAACUAAAGGAAAUAAUUCCAAAGAAUCAUUUAGACUUAUAUGGUCUCCUUACUUUGAGUUCUGUGACUCCAA